AUGGGCGGCCUUUUCAGUCGGUCAUCACAUCACGGAAAAAAAUCAAAACGAAAAAAAGGGAAACAUGCAGAAUUAGAACAAACAAAAGAGUCGCCUGAACUCGAUCGGUAUAAUUCGCAAAAUGAUACUGAACAAAACAUAACAGAUAGGAACAUAGCUAAUGGAUAUGAAGAUUGGAAUAAACAAAUCGAUCAUCAACAGAUAACAAAAUAUAAUGAUCCUCCGGGUGCACCAAGUACUUAUGCGAAUAACUAUCCGAUGCUUCAAAAUGACAUGAUGAAUCAAUCAUGGGCAUCACAUCAUGAUGUAAAUAAUCAAUAUUACCCAAUGAAUCCACUUACAAUGUCAUCAUCUAAUAUGCCAUAUGAUCCUCAGCAAUAUAUUUCCAAUCAAAUGCACAGUUCAUCUAUGAAGCAAGCUCAAUCAAUGUUGCCUGAUGAAAGAUCGUCGAAAAAAGUACAAUUUGCUCGUACAGUUCAACAAGGACCGCCAUCGAAAACUCCUUUGAGUAGUACACAAUCAUGGCAUGAACCCAGUGCUACAACUAAUGAUUUAUCUGUUUUAAUGUCAAACCAGGACUCUAUAUUAACGAGACAAAGUGUGCACCGAUCAGUUCAAUCUACAUCGAAUACAUCACCAGCUCAAGCAGCUGUAGAAAAACCUAUUUAUGUUGGUAUUGAUCAUAGAGCAACGUUAGCUGAACGUAUUCAACGAAAUGCAAGUAAACGUCAACAUACAAAUGGAGAUAAAAAUAAUAUCGAUAUAUCGAAUUCAAGUACAAGUAAUCACCGAACACAUUCUCAUGCACAUCAUCAACAUAAACAUCAAGACUCCAAUGAUUCAUCGACUUCUAAAGUCAAUAAUCAAUCGAAUAAAAUGUCAGGCCCUUUACAAGCUAGAUUAUCUAAUAACCAUCGUUCAGGAACGACAACAAUGCCAUCAGCAGCACCUAACCGAUCAGUACACCAUAGUGAGCAGCCUAUUAUCAAUGAAAAUGACACAAAACUAACAAAAAGACAACAGCAUCGUCAAGCACAUGUGCAAUCAGCUGAACAUCAAUUACUUGUUGAUAACGAAAUAAAGUCAUCAAGACAACGAGGAGGAGCAGGUCAAUCACAACCACAGAAGCAACCAUUAAAUCAGCUUAUUAAUCGAAAUAAUUCACCUGCACGAGCAGAUACAACGCGACGAACCGAAAAUAAACAAGAACCUAUGCCUAUCGCGAGAAUUUCUCUAUCAUCGCAACCUCAACAACGACUUACUCAACGGCAAAAACAUAAAAUCUCAAUGCCUCCAAUAGCAACUACUUCAAUAAGUGCUACUCGAGCACGUGUAUAA